AUGCAACCGUGCUCCGUGGUCGGCUGCGACUGCCCCGCGCUCGACGACGCCUCAGGAUGCUGCGCAUCCCAUCUUCCCAGCGACCAGUUUUUUGAACUUGGCGACAUUGCCUUUGUCGCGGACACGGACGACGCGACGCUCGUGCCGCUCGAUGGCGUGCCCGGCACCAUCGUCUAUGUCGCGCCGACGCAGUUCUAA